ACGUCACGUGGAAGCAAGUUCUCAGGAGCGGGCGAGCCCAGGCUGACCUGCCUAACUAGGAAGUGCACCACCAAAAACCUUUAACUUUCAUUAGACGGCACUCUAAACACUGGUGGUUUAUAGAAUUUUAUUUUCGUUUUAAACUUCCAUAAUGACUUCUUAUAUCCCAGGACAACCCGUGACCGCUGUUGUGCAAAAAAUUGAGAUCCAGAAGUUGCGUCAGGGAGAUCGGCUCAUCUUGGGCUUCAGCAUAGGUGGAGGCAUUGAUCAGGACCCAAGCCAGAACCCUUACUCUGAGGACAAGUCAGACAAGGGCAUCUACGUGACCAGGAUAGCUCCAGGAGGACCUGCAGAUGUUGCUGGUUUAAGAGUGGGGGACAAAAUUAUGCAGGUCAACGGCUGGGACAUGACCAUGAUAAAACAUUACCAAGCACUUAAAAAAUUAACUAAACCAAAUGAAGACAUUGUCCGGCUACUGGUAACCAGGAAGGCUCUGGAGCAGGCUGUGAGAGGAGCAAUGGGCUUAGAGUGAAAGAGCAGGACUGAUCUUGAUUCUGGUGCCGAUAUCUGAUAUCAAUAUCGUAUCUUGAACAUCAAAGUAAAUGUAAAAAUGGACCUUUAUCUAAGUUUAUUCACACUCUGUGUUAGGUACAGUGCCACUUUUGCCUCAUUCUAGGCCUUUUAUUCCAAGGGUAACUUCUUGGGAACAUUCUGAUGUUUUAUCAGUGUAUAUGGGAACACUAUCAUAAAAACUGACUCUACAUCUAUGUCCCUGCUAUAUCUUUGUAUUUUUAAGUUCUUUAUAUAUAAUAAAGACUGAGCCUCAAAUGCCAAAGCAUUUCAGAGCAUUACUCUGAAAUUACAGUAUUGACACUAUAUUUGUUCUUCACAUUCUCUUCAUGAGCAUUAUUUUCUAACCCAGGGUCUUACAGAAACCAGAUUUAUAAAGUGUUAAACAUUUCAGAUAACAUUUCUCUUGCUGUUUCAUUAUUGAGGUUCUGAUGGUAGCGGUAGUAUCUAUGCAAUGUACCAUUAUCAUGAAUUUUGUGAGAAUGGAUGAUUUUGUAAUAAAAUGUUUUUUAUAAUACUAAAAUAAAAUAAAGUAAGUCAUUAUGAA